AAUACUGUUUUUGUUUAUAUUAUAACAAUGUAAUAAACAUUAUAAUAAAAUAAAUAAAAAAACAAUAAGAGGAUUACUGGGAUGGCUGGACAACAACCGUCUUUCCCAUCGGGUUUCCCGGCAGCUCAGCAGCAAGCGAUGAUAAACCAGUUUGGUGGUGGCCAAAUGGUGCCAGAGUUGAUGGGUCCGCAGCAAGGAGGUUUGCCAUCAGGUUUGGUAAAUCCUCAGCAAUUUGGAGCCGGAAUGGGUGGAAAUGUUGGCCCCAAUCCGAUGGCCCAGCAAGUCAUGACUCAACAGCGUCAACAAUUAGCACAGCAAACUCUUAUGCAGCAGCAACUCCAGCAGAUGCAACAACAGCAAAUGCAGUUACAGCAACAGCAACAACAACAACAACAACAACAACAACAACAACAACAACAGCAACAAGCAACUCUUGUUCCUCAGAAUACUCAAGCUGUCAAUCAAGUUCAGACACCUCAGGCAUCUGUUCCUCAAAUUCAGCCUCAAGUCCCUCAGCAACAGCCUCAAGUUCCUCAGCAACCACCACAGCAACAACAACAGCAACAGCAACAACAGCAGCAACAGCAAAACAAAGAAUUCAAUACUGUCAGCUUGUGCAAAUUAGGACAGGAAACUGUACAAGAUAUUGUCAGUCGUGCACUAGAAAUUUUUCAAAUUCUCAAAGUUAUUCAUCCUCCUAAUGGAACAUCUCAAAGUGCAACAGCAGCAAAUGAUAAGAAAGCAAAGUUAAAUGAUCAAAUAAGAAUGAAUAUUUUACUUUUAAGACGUUUGCGACUUGUAUAUGACAAGUGUAAUGAAAACUGUCAACUUCAGGGUAUGGAGUACACACAUAUUGAGAGCUUAAUACCUCUGAAAGAGGAGUGGGAUAUGAAGUCUGAUGAGAAAAAAACAUCAGAACCGUAUCGACUCGCUUGUGAAGAACGUAAAGAAUUGAUCGACCAAGUCACAGCAAAAAAUCGACAUCUCAAAGAGAUAAUCGAUCACUUAAGACGAAUUAUUUCCGAAAUAAAUACAAUGUUGCAUAUGCGAAGAUCUUAAAAUUAAAUUUUCUACCUACGUGUAACUA